CUCUUUUCGUGUAUCUUCCCCCUUCAACGAGGGAAGAAUGGCCGACCAAUUUUUUAUUCCCUCGUGUCGAACGAGUUGGGAGGUCGAUUUGUAUCCCUGACACUGAACUUUCACACUGUGCAAAAAUCGGUUUGGUGAGCUCACGGUCGAUUUAUCAGCACCCUGGAGCUGCCCUGUAUCUACCACACAUAGAGACAUCGUGAAGGAUCUUGAAAAAAAAAACAUAGAGCAGAGGAGCGAAGAGCAGAGAGGAGUGGGAAGAGCAAGCAAUGGCGGCGGCGGCAGCUUCGGUGGUAGCUGAGGCGGAGGGGGAGGAGGUGACCAACAGGCAGGUGAUCCUGAAGCGCUACGUGAACGGGUGCCCCACGGUGGACGACAUGGAGGUGGUCGCCGGCGCCGUGCGCCUGGCCGUGCCGCCCGGGUCGGCGGCCGUCCUGGUCAAGAACCUGUACCUCUCGUGCGACCCCUACAUGCGCACCCGCAUGACGAGGCACUCCGAGACCAGCAACUUCGUCCCCGACUACGUCCCUGGGAAGGUUCUCGACAAUUGUAGCGUGUGCAAGGUGGUGCUAUCCGGCCACCCGGAUUUCAAGCCCGGCGAUCUUCUGUGGGGUGUGACCGGGUGGGAAGAGUACAGCCUCAUCCCCAAUCCAGUGUUCUGCCACAGGAUAAAUCACCAAGAAUUUCCACUCUCCUAUUACACCGGCGUUCUUGGUGUGCCGGGCCUCACUGCAUAUGCUGGACUUUUUGAAGUGGCCAAGGCCAAGAAAGGUGAGUCUGUCUUCGUCUCCGCGGCAGCAGGCGCCGUCGGUCAGAUCGUUGGGCAGCUUGCUAAGCUCACAGGCUGCUACGUUGUCGGCAGCGCCGGCUCUGAUCAGAAGGUCAAUCUGUUGAAAACAAAGUUUGGCUUCGACGACGCUUUCAAUUACAAGAAGGAGCUGGACCUCAACGCUGCCUUGAAGAGGUGCUUACCUCAUGGCAUCGACGUCUACUUCGAGAACGUGGGCGGCGCGAUGCUGGACGCCGUCCUGCGCAACAUGCGCCACCGCGGCCGGAUCGCCGUGUGCGGGCAGGUCUCGCAGUACAACCUGGAGCGGCCGGACGGCGUCGACCUCUUCCAGCUCGUCGGCAAGCACAUCCGCAUGGAGGGCUUCCUGGUGUCCGAGUACGCCGGCGACUACAGCCGGUUCGAGGAGGAGAUGGCGCGGUACCUCAAGGAAGGCAAGGUCGUCUGCGUGGAGGACGUCGCCGAGGGGAUCGAGGCGGCGCCGGCAGCACUCGUGGGGCUCUUCGCCGGCCGCAACGUCGGCAAGCAGGUGGUCGCCGUCGCAAGGGAGUAGUUGAGAUAUCAGACGUGCGUUGGGUGCCGUACCAUGCCAUAGGCAUGGACAGAUGGUUUCCCAUUUCACCAAACAUUAUUAUACAUUGCUCGAAGAUACAUUCGACACGUAAUUGUUCUGGAGAAGAAUUGUGCACUGUUCAGCUUCAAAGCUGUCUUCUUCCGUUCAACAUUUUUUUUUACAAAAUGAAACCUUAGAAUAA